AAGUGUCGUUGCAGAAACCAUAGCUCUUUAUAGAGAUGUUGCCCAGGGCAAGGCGGAGGGGCCUCAGGUGGCGGCGGGAACCGGGUUCAGCCACCGCCCCCUCCCGCGGCCCGGUCGCGCUUCCGCCCGCGUCAGCUGACUGCCGCGAGGAAGCGGCGGCGCGAGCCCCGGCCCAGCCCCGAGCCGCCGCCGUCUGCGGAGCACCGUCCCGACCCCCCUCCGCCAUGGCAGGGCUAGUAGUGAGCGGAGCCCAAGUGUCCUACAUUAGUCAAGACUGUGAAGAAAUUCCUGAAUUCCUGGGAAGAAAAUAUGGACAUAUGGCAAAAAGACUAGAUCUUAGCUUCAACUUGUUAAGGUCACUAGAAGGACUGAAAACAUUCACUUACUUGGAAGAGCUGAUCUUGGACAACAAUCUACUCGGAAAUGACCUUCUGCUACCCAGGUUACCCCACCUCCACACCUUAACGCUCAACAAGAAUCAAAUAUCAGAAUUAGAAAGCCUUUUGGAUCAUUUGGCUGAAGUUGUGCCCUCACUGCAGUAUCUCAGUUUGCUUGGAAAUGUGGCCUGCCCAAAUGAAUUGGUCUGCAAAGAAAAGGAUGAAGAUGACUACCAGAGGUACAGGUACUUUGUUCUGCACAAAUUGAAAAACCUGAAAUUUCUUGAUACUCGGCAAGUAACCAGGAAGGAGAGAGAGGAAGCUCUGGUUAGAGGUGCAUUCAUGAAAGUGGUUAAACCCAAGGAUGCUAAGGCCUCCAGCGAUGCUGCCUCAAUCUCUCCAGAGAUGAGCUAUACACCUCUACCUUCAGGAUCCAGAGACCUCACCAAUCACAGAGGCAUCUUGGGAAAAUGUCGCUACAUUUACUAUGGAAAACAUUCCGAAGGCAACAGAUUCAUCCGAGACGACCAGCUAUAAAACACUGCAUUCUUUCAUGCUACUUCAGUCCCUCCACACGAGAAGCACAAAUUGAAUCUAAAUUUUAAGCCUGUAACUAAAGUCCUCUAGUGCCUUCUGCUGACUUUGCCAGGCCUGUCAAGAUCAUCCUUCCAUCUCAGUCUGAGUAGUCACAUAGAGAUUGACAUGAUUGCCUUUAAGCAGGUCCCAUCCACCAGCGUGACAGACAGCUGUGGCAGAGCACCCAGCCUGACAGGAGGAGCGCAUGAUGGAUUGCCCGGUCCAGCUGCUACACGCAGGAGAGACGGGGUCACACCUGGGCCUUCACUGAGCAUGCUCCAUUGGCUGGCGCCACACAAAAGCAGCAUGUUUAUCUCCCCCUCGCCUGUUGAGUGAGAGUGCUGGUGAUAUCAAAGUGUUUAUAAAAGAGUAGGGCUGUAAUUUCAGAUGAAAAAGCCCCUUAUCUGCUCUAAGUUUUUUUUUUUUUUUUUCUUGUGAAUUAAGUGCUUUUGUUUCUAUCAUCUCCUAUAUGCUCAUACAAAUCCUCUUCACAGGGUAUUCUUGGUUUUUCCACAAAUGAACCUGUAUGGAUUACUCUUUUUUUCAGCAUGAAAAGAUAUAUCCAGAAAAUAUUUCAUCAGUGAACAAUCAAUUUGUAUUUUUGCUUAUAAGGGAAGGAAAAAGAUUUGAGCAGUUUUACAGACGAACAAAAUUUUCUAGUUAUUAAAUAACAUCUCGAAUUUGUUUACCUUGAUCUUCAGAAGAGGGGUCAUUUUUAAUACUGCAAUAGUAGCAUAGGUUCUCUCUGUAGUUGGAAAGGCACUCAAUUAUAAUAUUGACAGUGUAUAUUAUUCCUGGUUUAUUAUGCAAUAUAUAUUUUAGUUGUGUAGAGAGUGCAUUUAGAAUUAAGCACUUAAAUUUGGAAGGAAAAAGGGCUUAAAAAGUGGGAUGUAAAAUAAAAUUGCCACCAGAUGGAUAUGAUUACUCAGCAGGGAAAAAUGUCAAUAAAAUUAACUGGCGGAAUUAACAUAAUUAACAGCUUUACUAAUAUGUUCUGGAGAAAAGUUCAGUUUAAUCCCAUUUGGAGUGUACAUAAGAAAGGCUACUGUGAAGUUUUCAGUGAAAAACCAACAAUGCAUAGCCUAUUUCUUGAUUCUCUGAGAAACGGAUUGAGAUACUUGGAAUCAUGAACAUCUUUCUGUGAAAAAUGAUCCUGAUAAUUAACAAAUAUAUCAUGUUCAGUGCUACUAGUUACAGUGUGGUUGGCACAGGAAUAUGCAAAAAUACUGUUCUCUGGACUGUUCACAAUGCAUGCAUAUUGUUCCUGGCUGAGUGUCACCACUCUCUGGCUGUGUUUGGCUUGUAUGUAAUUAGAUGGUGCUCUUAAUUUACUUUCCUUAAGGAUAAAUGUUAAUUUUUAGAAGUUGUCCACUGUUUUUGUGCGGAGAAGUGAACUGGAUGUUUAAGCCAAUCACAAAAUUUGAUCUGUGUAAAAUAGUGAGACUGAUGGAGUGACAGAGGAAAGUUUGCUGCUGCUGAGGGUUUGAGGCCUUGCACAGUAACUGGAAGACUUCAUUUACUCAAGAAGUCUGUAAUAAAUCAAGCAGAUACUUAAAAUCAGUGAUGAACAAUAUAGAGUGAUCUAGUUCAUACCACUUGCUACACAAACUGGUGUUUGUAAAGUAGGCUUUGGUCACUUGUAAUGAGUCUGAUAAUGUCCUGCACAGUUACAAUAGUUACAAUGUCCUGCAAGUUAUCCUGGGAGAUACUAGAGAAAGGAAAACUACAGGCCCAUUUUUUUUUCUUUUUUUUUUCUUUUUUUCCCUCAGAAAUAGUUCUUAAAAGUAUUUAUGGCACUUGUCUUCUCUCUUGGCUACUGAAAUAACAGCAGUUCUUGUUUGUUCAUAUUAUAUUGUUCUUUUUGAAGCCUACACGUGUUUUGGCCAUGGCAUAUUAUAAGCAGCAGGUUCUGAAUACGGGUGUUUAGAAUAACCUAAUGUCACUUUCAGUCUGGUUGCAUAUAUGUUCUUGUCUUUAUAAAAGGCUUUAACCCUGCCUCAAACAAUAAACAGCACUUGCAAACUGA